AUGGCCUUUUCGCCUCCGUCAAGGUGGCAAGCAGUUCCAGAGCCUCCAUCGUUUCGCAGCGGCUUUAGAAAUCGCACAAUCGUAUUGAGAUUUUCAACUACAAACAAUAUGACCGCGUUAUGCAACAGUCCUUCACGUCUGGGCUUUUUCCGAGGGUUUGAAAUUCGAAAAGAAAGGAUUCCCCUGGGAAGCUCUCCUGCUGAGCUGAUGAUGGAAGUUAUUAAUGAACAUGCUAGUAAAGGCUCAUUAUGCCAACUGCUCGACCGAUUCGUUUCCUCUGGCCGAAAUUUCAAACUGCGAUCGAUAUGGGAAAACAGGGUGGAGACGCGGCGUUUGCAAUGCGCCUCCGUUGGUUUGGGAUUUCGUUACGAUGUAAGGCGAGUUGAAGUGGAUUGUUCACGUAAAUGGCGGUGGUCGCCAGGUGGUAUGGAGGGGGGCGAGGGCCGGUGA